UUUGCACUUAUCAAACUAACUCGCAUGCUUCAAUAAUCAUACAGUGACGCUUCAUUUAUCAUUAAGAACCCUCAUGUAACUAGCAUCUAAACCAACACGUUUGCCUGGGACAUUAUAAAAGAGAGGAGAAGAAAGAGAGAGAGGUUUUUUUCUGGAGUUUUGUGGGGGAAAAUUCGAAGAAACAGACAAAUGAGGGGGAAAAGGAAAGGAGGCGAAGGAUUUUAGGAAUUGGAGGGAGUGAACCCUAGCAGCACUCAUGGCAGGAUUUGGAGGAGUUCAUCUUCUGGUCGCAUCUUCAUUCUUCUCCUGAGCCAUCGCCAUUGUUUCCAGUUCAUGACCACCGUGGGAACCUCUCCACCACCGUUCUUAUUCGUCACCAUAUCCAUUUAAGUCAUCUUAGCGGUGCUUGCUCUGUAAUUGUCAACCGCACGUCGAGGAGAAAGAGUUCUAAGAAUAGUAGAAACAAGGUUGAAGAGAAAAGAGCAUUGAAAUUUUGGAAACAGAGGAAGAAUAAUCACGGAAUAGUAAAGAAAAAAUUGUGCGAAUAGAUUAAAGAUGGUACCAAUUGGUCAUGCUUCUGAUGACAAGCAAAAAAAACGAGACUCUGGAGAAAUUCUUUCGGAGGAAGAGAAAAGUGUGGUAACUCUAAGAGAGCUCUUUGAAGAAUGCAUUAGUGACACUGACAAAUCUCAUCAACCACCUGAAUUGGCUGGUGGUAAUCCAAGUCCAACGACUGAGUUUCAUCGGAGGAGGAAGAAGUUACUUAAACCGUGCAAAAUAAGAUCAAUUGAGCACCUACCAUCUUUUUCUCCAAGUUGUUUGUCAAAAAGAACAAAGCCUAAAAGCAAAAGCAUUGGCAAAAACAUUAUUCAAUGCAAUCCACACAGUUCUAGAACUUUGGUGAAUUUCAGUCUUUCUGAUCUGAGACAUGCAACCAACAAUUUUAGCAAUGAGAAUAUAAUUGGAAGAGGUGGUUAUGCUUAUGUUUAUAAGGGUAGCCUGCAAGAUGGGCAACUAAUAGCAGUUAAGCAACUGAGAAGAGGGACUGCUGAAGACAGAAUAUCAGUUCUUCUAUCUGAGUUAGGAAUUCUUGCUCAUGUUGACCACCCCAAUAAUGCAAUGCUUAUUGGAUUUGGAGUAGAAGGGGGAAUGUACCUUGUGUUCCAAUUAUCUCCUUUGGGAAAUUUAGGAUCUCUUCUUCAUGGUCCUAAUAAAAAUACCUUAGAUUGGGGCAAAAGGUAUAAAAUUAUUUUGGGGAUAGCAGAUGGCCUUCUCUAUCUUCAUGAGAUUUGUCAAAGGCGAAUCAUUCAUAGAGAUCUUAAAUCAGAAAAUAUUUUGCUCACGGAGAAUUUUGAGCCACAGAUUUGUGAUUUUGGGCUCUCAAAAUGGCUACCAGAACCAUGUACUCAUCAUAUUGUACCAAAAUUUGAAGGCACAGUGGGGUAUUUUGCUCCUGAGUAUGUGAUGCAUGGCAUAGUAAACGAAAAAACUGAUAUUUAUUCCUUUGGAGUCUUACUUCUGGAGAUUAUAACUGGGCGUCAUGCUUUGGAUCAUUUAAACGACAGUAUUGUGUUAUGGGCAAAGCCUUUAUUGGUAGCUAACAAUAUUAAGGACCUUGUUGAUCCUUCUCUGGGUGAUGAUUAUGACUGGGAACAAAUGGAACGUGUAGUUUUGACUGCAUCUCUGUGUGUUGAGCAAUUUCCUAUCUUACGCCCCAGCAUGAGUCAGAUUGCAAUACUGCUAAGAGGUGAUGACUAUGUCAUGGAACAUACUGAGAGGAGUAACAAGAUGCACAAGAAUACAACUCAAGGAGCUAUCUAAGUGUUCUCAAUUGGCUUAAUCAGGUUGCCUUGGAUUCUUGAGAACUAAGAACAUCAUAUUAAAAACUUUAUUGUGUUAUUGUAUCAAAUUUGGAUUUUCUGCUGAGCCUUCAAAAUACACUUACACUGAUGUAUUGAUUUUGAUAUUUUAAAAUAUAUUAAAAACUUUUUUAAUAUAUAACAUCAGUGUAUUUUGAAAGCUCAGCAAAUGAAUAAUCCUAAAAUCUGUUAAAGUAUUUUGGAUAACAACGGUUAAAGUUCCCUCCCUUUACAUAUAUUG